CAUGCCAUGUUCAAAAUAGGGGUGGAUCACAAUAUAUAGGGCAUUUAUUUUGUUUUUAGUAGAAAUAUCAUUAAUCUGGGGAUGAUUGUUACAUUAGAUGCGCAAGCUUCAGUAUAAUAAUAGUCUCUUAUUCUUAUACGCAGAGGGCAAAAAUACUCACUGUUGUAUUUUUUUGGCUACUCCCCCCCUAAACCAAUGAAGUUUGAGAUCACAAAACAUGAUGAAAUAGCCAAGUUGCCGGUUCCGCGAUGUUAGCUAGCUCACUUACUUACAGUAGCCUAGGGAAUGCCGAUGGAAUAAGGCUGAAAGAAAAGCUGUGUUGGCAUAACCUCGUUACACUGAGAAGAAACGCGUACACACUUUAGGCGUUAUCAACAAAGAGGGUGAGCGCCACUGGAAGGAUAAGAUCUAGGCUAUUCCAGCGUCCGGUUGUUCUUCAGUCGGCGAGCUCGUCUCCGGUCUCCGGCCAGUGUGAGGAUGAAUCCGGUACGGCGUUGUUCGGCACUUCUUCAAAGAGACUUUACGGCAUUGUGCCUGUCGUCGCUGGGGUCAGCUCCGAAAACAGAGACCCCUAAAAGAGUCGCUUCGCCUUCGUCUCGGCACUGCCACCAGUCGUCCGUUGGGGAAGUGCUAACCUGUCAACCACAGGUGAAGCCAAGCGGUGCAUCGUCUGUCUCAGUCAGCACAAGGAUAGCGGGUCCAAUGGGCAGCGGCAGCAGCAGUGGGAGCAGCAGCAGCAGCAGCAGCAGCAGCCGUCUGUUCGGGACGCUGGCGCAGACGCUGAGCAGUCCCAGCAUCCCUCUGGCGUUGCCCGCGGCGCUGGAGGACGACGAUGACGACACGGCGGCGUGCGACCCCGCCGACCCCGACCUGCUGCUGCGCGAGUGCGAGGAGGCGUUGCGCAACCGGCCGGCGCGCUGGCACCGCUGCUUCAUGCACCCGGCGCAUGGGGACGUCGACCCACGCACGCCCGGCCCUGACCAACAACAACCCAUCCGCGUCAUGCAGUGGAACAUCCUGGCCCAAGCCCUGGGCGAGGGGAAGGACGGCUUCGUGCGCUGCCCGCUGGACGCUCUGAAGUGGGCCGAGCGCAAGUACCUGAUCCUGGAGGAGAUCCUCACCUACCAGCCGGACGUGCUGUGCCUGCAGGAGGUGGACCACUACUUCGACACCUUCCGGCCCGUGCUGUCCAGCCUGGGCUACCAGAGCAGCUUCUGCCCCAAGCCCUGGUCGCCGUGCCUGGACGUGGAGAACAACAACGGGCCCGACGGCUGCGCGCUCUUCUUCCGCCGCGACCGCUUCGAGCCGCUGGCCACCAACCACCUGCGCCUGUCGGCCAUGAUGCUCAAGACCAACCAGGUGGCGGUGGUGACGACGCUGCGGUGCCGCGCCUCGGGCCGGCGCUUCUGCGUGGCGGUCACUCACCUGAAGGCGCGCAGCGGCUGGGAGACCCUGCGGAGCGCGCAGGGCAGCAGCCUGCUGCAGAGCCUCUGCGGCAUCACCGCGGAGAUGGCGGCGCAGGACGCCGGCGGCGGCGUGGCGGAGCGCGGCGACGAGGCGGCCGGCGUGCCGCUGAUCGUGUGCGGCGACUUCAACGCCGAGCCGUGGGAGGACGUGUACCGGCGCUUCGCCGCGUCGCCGCUGGGCCUGGACAGCGCCUACAAGCGGCUGAGCGCCGACGGGCGCAGCGAGCCGCCCUACACCAGCUGGAAGAUCCGCAAGUCCAGCGGCGAGAGCCGCCACACGCUCGACUACAUCUGGUACUCCAGCCGCCGCUUCUGCGUCGACGCCGUCCUCGAGCUGCCCAACGAGGAGCAGAUCGGCCCCGACCGGCUGCCCUCGUACCACUACCCCUCCGACCACCUGUCGCUCGUCUGCGACUUCAGCUUCUCCGAGCCCACACAGUCCCACCGGCUGCUCUAGUCGCCCAAUCAGCACUCUGAACAGAUCCGAGUGAUUACCGCAUCCUCCUCUGGAAAACCAAUAAACAGACUGCAGUGUCCCCCUCAUCCUCCAAUCAUAGGCCUAAUUCAAGUUGGGGCGCAAGAGACAGUCUGGAGAGGUGGGAACGUAGAGGAACUUUGCGUAGGGACUUGAUGGAGGCACAAAACUGUCCCAUUGACAAGCAUCAUCUUUUCUUGUUGUCUUAAAACAUGGCACAUGUUUUUUCAAGGACUUCCAGUAUUGUCUAUCACUGUGUUUAUAUGUCCGUUAAACCAAGUGAGCGUGUGUGUUUGAGAGUAAGAUUGUGAGCAAGCGCAAUAAAGACAAACGGUACUAGGUACUGCAUUGCAAACGGAUUAUAGUAAUGGUGUGCAAUAAGUGCUACUUCAAUGGAGAUGAUUUAUAUCCCCACGUUGUGGCACUUUAUUCCUCAAUUCUGUUACCACAACGCUGCUGUUUUCAGAAGAGCUAGUUACAUCCAAACAAGUAGAGCACUUGUCCUGUCUUCUAGGGUCACAAUUCUGUUUUAAACGGUCUUCGAUUUUCUGUUUUGUUUAUGUUUUCCUUCUGAAUAGAGGUUUUCCUGAGCAAAAAUGACAAAAACAAACAAACAAAAAAUUGAUAUAACUGCAGAAGUCCUACCUCUUUUUCGAACAGUCCUAAUAUGAAAAGGUAGUAAAGUAGGUUAUUAAUAGGGUUUUUUUUUAGACCUGACUGCUCUUAGCACUGUUCAGUUGUCCUUGAUUCUGGAUAACACAAACAGGUGUAGUUAUAGUCAGUUGUGCCUUUUAAGUUAUUCUAGUCGCACAAUGAAACUGAAUUGAUUUUAAAUGAACUGAAAUGACUCUUUGAUAUUACCUUGUAAUUUAUAUCUUAUAAUUUAUGUUAGCGUUUUUUUUUAUUCCGUUUACUAAUUAACCUAUUGUUAACGUGCAGACUUCAAGUUGUUGUGUGAGAUGUUGAUGUACAUUCUGUGUAAUGCUAUCGUAUGGUGACUACAACACUGGGAUGCUCCAUGAGCACACUUUUAUCACAAACAACUACAGGCACGGCUGUGGUUCAUUUCAUGACGAUAAUAAAAUUGCAUCUCAACAGUU